AUGGUGGCCGCCACACAGGAGUGGGGGGGGCUUGCGACCCACGCUGGGUACGCGUACAAGCAGAAGAACGGCAAAUGCAAACACGCCAAGGUACGGCUGGGGGAGGUACGGCUGGGGGAGGUACGCCUGGGGGAGGUACGGCUGGGGGAGGCACGCCUGGGGGAGGCAACGAUCAUAGGCAUCAGGGGGUAUUACCAGGUGGACUACUACGGCUGGCUGGGUCUGCUCCUCGUUGUCAAUGCUCAGCCCACCAUUGCAUUCGUGCGAGGCUCCUACCCCUCCUUCCAGACGUACACAGAUGGCAUAUACAACGACGCAGGGUGUGCAGCGGCAGGAGUGGUGGAUCACAGCGUGCUGGUGAUGGGCUACAGCAUCACGGCUGAGGGCGCCUACUGGAUCCUCCGCAACUCCUGGGGAGCCACCUGGGGCAUGCAGGGCUACAUGCAAAUGGCCUUUGGGGGAGGCAUUGGCAUCUGUGGCAUUCACUCUGUGCCGGCCAUCUACCCCAUCGUUAAGACGCCCUCUCUGUGCCUGUCGCUGCAGAACCAAUACGGGGCACGCCUAAAACAUCUCUUCCUCCCUCAACCUCACACCCUCGCCUCUGCCCCUUUCCCCCCCAUCCCUCCCCAUCCCACCUGCCCAUCUUCCCCUCCCUCCGCCCCUCCCCCACUCGCCCCCUGCAGAUGA